GUAUCGUGCUCACCGGACGCGCACAUGGAGUCCUCCUUUCAACCCUCAAUGCGUUAUUUUGAGCUUUUAAUCCCCUUUUCGUAGUUUUCUGGAGCUCGAGGGACACAGGGCAAGAUGGGGGAACGAGGUGGAGUCACAAAGAAAAAGUCGUCAAAGUCUAUGAACCAAGUAGAACCCUCCAAAAACAAGUCAGCUAAAGCUUGGGAGCAAAGUAAAGGUGACAGCGGUGACUUGAAUCACAACUACUACAGGUGGUUACAGUCAGCACUUAAUUCAGCUGUAGGAGAACACCGAUGGGAAGAUGCCUUUAAACUGCUGCCUUGUCUCAUCCUUCAUCGGUGUUAUAAUGUAUCUUCAGACUUCUUGUGGAGGAUGAUGAACAUAAUCACAAAAAGUGCUAAGGAAGUCCCUGAAGGCAUGAGAAAAAGCAUGAGUCGAGACUUUUUGCUGUUGCCUACGAAAACAAUUGUCGUUGUACUGGACACUUUGGCUGAAGAACUUGAGACUGCAACAGAUGAAAGAAUCGAUGAAAUCCUACAGAUGUUGGAAGAUUACAAGAAUGACAGAAGAUCAGAAAAGUGGUCAGUGAAGAAUAAAGAUGUUCGCUUGACUGCAUUGAUUGACGCUUACAGAGGCCUUGUGCUUUAUUCUCGCUGGAAAAAUCACACUUACUCCAAUCAAGACUCCUCUGCUGUACAAGAGAAAAUUACAGGCCUUUUGGAAAAUAUGUCAGAUGAAGAGAAUGAAGAUGGAGGCAAAGAUAGCAACAGAGGAUUGGUUAAUAAAGCACAUUCAGCAUUAAGAAGAGCUUUGUGUAACCUUGCUGAGCCAGUAGAGUGGAUCAUAGUACCUUACUUAGACCUGGAGAAUGAGUUGCGUGGCCCAGAGUCAGCACUCGCAGUACUGCAGGACUAUGUCAGCAAAAACCUUCAACAUUUGCCAGCCCAACACUUAGUUUAUAAUUUUCUUAGAACUUUUGUGCCUAACAGUGAUGAGACUCAGAUGUCUGCACUGAAGGAGAUAACUAGGGUGUGCCCAGAACACCCACUUACUCUAGAAUAUGUGGAUAGACUGAUGGCUGAAGCUUGUGACGAAGAGGUAUGGAAGCGAACAGAAACAGCUGUGGAUAGCGAUGAGACGGAGAGCAAGGUCUCUAUGAAUCAGAGCAAUGAUUCAGAGACAGAAACUCAGAGUUGUGGCUUGAAAUCGGAUAUACAAGUGGAAUCCCUGGUGAGGGCUCUGAAUCUUUUGACAAACUUGCUUGAGUACAAAGAGUGGCAGUGGAAAUUGCAACCGUGGCAGACUCUCACACACAUCCUCCGUAAAUUUUAUUCAUGCUGGCUAAGAUGCUGGAAGUGCCCGUAUUGCCGUAAAAGUCGAAAAUCUGUGAGACAAGUUUCUAAGAGUAUAACGCCUUUGUGGAAAUAUUAUGUUUGGGUGGCUGUCCCUGUCUCCCUGACUCCAGAAAAAGCACAGGUCAUCUUUCAUCAUAUAUAUUCUGCUCAUGUAUUUUGUUACAAUCAAACUUAUGUUCGUAAUGCAAUAUCAACUCUCCAGAAAGCCAACUACAAAGUGCUAUGUAAUGAAUUGAAGGAGUCAUUAUAUCCAGAAAAAACAUAUAUAGAUAAGUUCUUGGCCUACAGUUUGAAGAAAUCAGAUUUUCAGACGGUGGUUGACAGUGUGGAGGUCAGCUCUUCAACGAAAACAGGAGAAAAAGAAGCCAGCACAAAAAAGAGAAAGACAAAGAAAAAUGCAGUAUCUGAUAUACAGCUUUCAGAAGACGAACUGCCUCCAGUAGUAACCAGGAAGAAAUCUGUUUUAAAAACACUUGACGAUUUACCUUUUCCGGGUGAAGACAGCAAGAAGAGUCAGCGCAAAGGUCACACCCCACCUGCAGAGCCCAAGCGUGUGAAAGAGGUAAAGUCUACAGUUGCCAGCAAAUUAACAUCUCUGUCUACUCCACCUACAAGGAAUAUUAAAUCUGUUCGUAAUCUUAGAACAUCUCCAGACGAAGGAAAGAGAGAAGCUAGUUUCUUGAGCUCUGACAUCUCGUUUCAUGAAGAUUUUUUUUUAACCAGUACUCAAGUAAGACCUGGAAAUAAACAGAUAUUAGAUACUUCACUUGGAGAAAGUCCUGCAUUGCUGCCAGCCCUCAAGGAGAGAGACACUUUACGAGAGAAAGAGAAAAGUAAACUGAAGUUGUCAAAGGCAAAAGAGAAACAUAGAAAUGUAGAAGAAGAACAAAAGGACUAUGAAAUAAGUAGUGAAGAUCCAGAUGAUUGUUCUAAUGACGAAAGGUCUGAUUUUAAUAAUCACACUGAAGUUUCUAAGUUGAAUAGUUCCUCAGCAGAGGAGUAUGUUACUGUCAAUGAAACCACUGAAGAAGCAACAAAUAUCACUAGUAAUUCGAAUGUGAAAAACUCAACUGUAUUAAACAGAAAAAGUAUCACUUCCUCCUUGAACACAACAUAUACUUUAGACAGCCCCAUGACAAGUAUGACUAGUAAAAGUGAAGGCAGUGUGCAAGUAAAUCAUUCAUAUAGAAAUAAGAAGAGGAGUUCUACAGAUGUAUGCAGUAGCAACAUUGUUGAUAAGACACAUGACAAGACAGCAGAGUGUUCAAGUCCAGAGCCUGAAGAUUACUUACCUUGUGGUCAGAGACCAAGAGAGGACAGGUCUAGUGGAUACAAAGGUGGGAGUUCUGAAGGUCAGAACGAAAGUUCUCUGGCCAAUACAGGAAAUGAUAGUGUAUAUUUUUGUUACACUGCCCUCCCAACACACAUUAACCCUGCUGUAUUAGUGCUGGACAGCCAGGCUGCUUCUGAGCAAAACAACUGUCUUGUUGAUGAAACCUUAACAGAAACAAACAGCAAUCCACUUGAUGGCUAUGAAGGGAAAUGCAUAAUCCAAGAAACCCAAAGUCAAGAAAUUCUUUCCCAGUCUGUUGUAGACUCAACAUCACAGGUGACAGAUUUUCCUAAUCCAAAUGGCUGUGGCUUAGGUGCUGGAAAGAAUUAUGUUAAAGUAGAAUGCGAGGAUACUGGCACACAGUAUAGUGAAAACAGUGAACCUUUCUCCCUGACCCAGGGACAGCAGGAACCCAUGCCUUUCAGCCAAAAUGCCCAAGAGCUUGUUUACUCAGCAGAUGUUACAGAUACUACGGACUUCACUACAUUCUGUAAAACAGAACUGACAUCGCCAUUAUCAGAAAAAGAAUAUAAAAUCUUUGAGGUACAGUAUGAGGAUAUUGAACAAGAAGCAACAUCUCCUAGUACGUUAGAAGUAUUUGAUUCUGUAAAACAAGAAUCUGUUACAGUAGGCAAUCCUACAUCGGUUGUUCAUGGUACUACAGUUGAGUUCAGUGACAUUGAUAAUGACAAGUUUGCAUCUCCUAAAUGUGCUGUGGAGGAAAUUAUUCAUUCAAACUGUCUCGAUACACCCACAGCAGAAGAUUACUUACCUUGUGGUCAGAGACCAAGAGAGGACAGGUCUAGUGGAUACAAAGGUGGGAGUUCUGAAGGUCAGAACGAAAGUUCUCUGGCCAAUACAGGAAAUGAUAGUGUAUAUUUUUGUUACACUGCCCUCCCAACACACAUUAACCCUGCUGUAUUAGUGCUGGACAGCCAGGCUGCUUCUGAGCAAAACAACUGUCUUGUUGAUGAAACCUUAACAGAAACAAACAGCAAUCCACUUGAUGGCUAUGAAGGGAAAUGCAUAAUCCAAGAAACCCAAAGUCAAGAAAUUCUUUCCCAGUCUGUUGUAGACUCAACAUCACAGGUGACAGAUUUUCCUAAUCCAAAUGGCUGUGGCUUAGGUGCUGGAAAGAAUUAUGUUAAAGUAGAAUGCGAGGAUACUGGCACACAGUAUAGUGAAAACAGUGAACCUUUCUCCCUGACCCAGGGACAGCAGGAACCCAUGCCUUUCAGCCAAAAUGCCCAAGAGCUUGUUUACUCAGCAGAUGUUACAGAUACUACGGACUUCACUACAUUCUGUAAAACAGAACUGACAUCGCCAUUAUCAGAAAAAGAAUAUAAAAUCUUUGAGGUACAGUAUGAGGAUAUUGAACAAGAAGCAACAUCUCCUAGUACGUUAGAAGUAUUUGAUUCUGUAAAACAAGAAUCUGUUACAGUAGGCAAUCCUACAUCGGUUGUUCACGGUACUACAGUUGAGUUCAGUGACAUUGAUAAUGACAAGUUUGCAUCUCCUAAAUGUGCUGUGGAGGAAAUUAUUCAUUCAAACUGUCUCGAUACACCCACAGCAGCGGCUUCUAAUGAAGAAACUAGUGAUAGUGAAGAAGUAAUAGGGCCAAGUCAAGAAUUAGUUGUAACUAGUCCACCAAAUUUUAAAAGCUUUAACAGAUCAAGUAGAAGUUGUGGCAGUGCAUCAGGGGGCAGUUUUGUGUCUAAUACAAGUGGUGAAAGUGAGCAAGAUCAGGCAUCUCUCAGCAUAUAUAGUUCACUAACAGCUCUACAAGACUUUUCACCCACUGUUGCAGAAUCGGAAAAAAUAGGCAGAAAAGAUAGAGAAAAGGAUAUUUUAGAGGUACUUCCAUUAAAUUCAUCAAAGGGCUCAGUACAGGAAGAAAUGGAAUACGCAUCAUUGACUUGCAAGGAGAAACAGAGAAGCAGUCAUGGUAAAGAACUGAAUGAUUUGCAUCCUUCACUGACCCAAAACCAAAGAGGGGAUGUCACAGUUCGCAAUACUAGCACUAUAUCUAACAUCACCUUGGUGGAUAACAAAGAACAAGAAAUACUAGAUGUUCUAUGUGAGAGACCUGUAAAAAGUGACCAUCAUUCAGAUGAGUCAUUUGUCACAGCAGACUCUGUAGCAGACAGAUUGUCCAGGGAAUCUCUUCAGAGUGUUGAUACAAAUGACGAUUCUGAAUCACAGAGUUCCAGUACAUCCAAAUUAAGGAUAGAUAUUAGUAAUUCAAAUCUAUUGCCGGGAAAUUCCUCUGCUGCAGAAACCACAGAUGUCCGGGACAGAUGUGACCAGAAUGCCAAGAAAAAUCAAAAGAAGGGCAAAACUACAGCAAAUAGUGAUGUAUCUGCAACAGUUGAUGCGCACAAAAAUCAAGGGAUGGAUUCAGUGACAAAUGAGGUGGGAAAUACAGACGUCGAUUCAUUUGUCACGGCUCUUGAUGAAAGUCAGAGAGGUAAGCAAAAGAAAAAGUAUUGUGCACUAGAAGCAACUGAAGAUGUGGUCAGUGAGUUAUUUACAAACGAUGUUGAGACAUUUAAAUCUAAAAAGAAGAAAAAGGAAAAGAAGCCUGAAAUCACAAUAUUACCAACAAUGCAAGUAAAUGGCAUUCAAAAUUCAGAUGAAGUUGAUGGUAGUAUAUAUGAAACGUCAAAGAAAAGCAAAAAGGGAAAAGAAAAGAAGAGGAAAGAAAAGACUUCAGAUAAGGUCAGUGAAAAGACAGAGCAAGCAAACUUGGUCUCCCACAGCUCAAAAUCAAAGAAAAAACAUAAAAGUGACGAAACAGAGACCGAAGAAGACUGUGAUAAAUAUUGGUUAGAUUUAUGUAUCGAUCUUCCUUUCCCUGAUUUAGACAAAGAGAAUGAGGUUCUUGUUUCAGAGAACAGUUCAUCUAAAUCAAAGUCCCAUAAAACAAAAACCAAAAAUGACACUUCAAAGGCAUCUAUACUUAAGUGCUCCAUAAUAGAUUCAGAUGAACUGGAAAUUCCUGAUUUCGACAAUUUGGAACCUGAAGAUUCUAUCAGGGAAAAAAUAAAUACUAGAAAAAGCUCCAGAAAUAAGAAUAAAAAGGAAGAAAAAGAGAGUAAUAAGUCAGAGGAUCAUGUUAAUAAGAAAAAGUGCCUUGAAUCCAAAGAAGAAACUAAGGAAGUUGUGCAUCUAGAUGUCUCUGAAAACCAAGAAAAGAAAAAAUCCAAAAAGAAGAAACUUCAAGAAAAGCUCCAAGUUGAUGUUUUUGAUAUUGAAGUUGAUAAAAAACACAAGUCCACGAACAAUAUAGGACAAAAAGUUGAUGAUGGCUUGUCUCUUCCCACAAAACGAGAAAAGAAAAAGCACAAAAAGGAAAAAGACGACUUUAUUACAUGUGAUCUUUUACCCUUCCCAGAUAUCGAAAUUGAAGGCUGUUCCAUCUCGAAAGCAGAAAAUGAGUCUGUGGAUGGGAUUACCUCGCAGAAAAAGAAAAGAAAAAAUGAAGAUAUUGACAUCAGGUCACUAAACACAAAGAGGAAAAAGAAAGAGUAUUUGGAAACUAGUACCAGCAAAGACAUUGAUGAAAAGUGUAAUGGAAAUACAAGUAUCAAAGCAACACCAGAGGUUUCUCAGGUAAAUGGCCACUAUGACUGCUCAGACUUGGAUAAAAGGAAAAAACACAAAAAGAAUAAAUCUAAAGCAACAGAAAAUGAAUCAUUGCCAGGUCUUGAUGUUGAGAGUAUGACCUAA